CACAUACCCAAUCCCAACCGUCGAUGCCCGAGCACUCGCAUCCCAACCCUCCAUAUCCGCCCGGGUCGCGUCUAUAAACUAGGAGGAGAGCCCUAGCCACCCAGCUCAAAUUUGCUGCCGAUCUAGGGCCUUCUUUUCCGUCUACUAAUAUCCCGGAGGAGCUGCAGCCGGUGCGAUCUGAUCGAUGGCGGGAGGUAAUUUCCUCGGCAGGAUUAUCAGCUACGUCGUCAACGAGCUCGUCGUUGAAGGCCUAGCCAACAACCCAACAUUUCAAAGGUUUGCAGUGCGAACAUCAAAGAAUUUAGAAGAACUUUCUACCAAAGCUACUCAGGCAAGGGAGGAACUAGUUGAGCAAUUGAAGGAUGUAACCAAAAAUGUUGAUUCAUUCAAAAGGCAAUGAAGGCAUCUAAAGCUUUGAUCCAUGAGUUUGGUCAAGAAGCCCAGAUGUGCUACUAGAUGGUCAUAUUGCAUGGUUGAAAUGCACCAAUUUAGACGUGGUGUCCGUGUUAAUAUUAUUGUAUUUUACUCCACAGGUUCUUAACCCUUUUAGUUGUAAAAAGAGCCAUGCUGCUGAACCUAGCGAUGUGAUUGUAAGUCUUCCCCUUUUUUUGUACAGAUUUUAUAGCUUGUCAGGUUUCAAUUUGGUGGUAUGGCAAUUAAAUACCCUGAUAAAUUUCUCAGGUGGUUCUAAAGCUAUGCCGGCGGUGUUCCAUUUGUCACAACUUUUGUAUGUCAAUUUGGAUCUGUUACCCAUUUUUGAUAUGUUUAUCCUCGGGCAAAGCAUGAAACAUCUUCGGGGACGGUUAAUGUUGUUGAGAUGAGAGGAGAGGAGCUUCGCAGGUGGAUAAUCCCUCGGGGCUCUAUGCUGGAACAAGAUUAAUUUCAUCCUCCAUGCUCUACUUUGCCCAUUCAUUUUCUACUCCUGUCUUGUUUUGAAUUUACAAGUGUUUGCUUCAGCCUAAAUGUCACAAAUGGGGCCUAAGAGUGCUUUUUGUUCUUUUCACAUCCUGUAAGUUCUAAAAUGGCUCCAGCAGCAGUCGAUGUAUUUCUUUCACAGCUUGUGGUUUGUGGGGCUGCUUUAUACCGGAACAAAUGGGGUUAGUACAUA